CGUUCAUGUGCGCGCGAGGCUCGAGCCGGUGAAGAGGCUGUUUAACUUCUAUUCGAAUAACCGAGUUUUUUUAAUCGACUAUAAUCGAAUCGUUGGAAGACGCCGUGUGUCCCGUGACAUCCUUUAUUUCAUUUUUAUCUUUUUAACUACUUUGAGGAAGGAUUGAACGGAUUUGAACUCCACAAAACAAAACUUUAUUUUAAACAGUUUAUCCCCCGACUGGAGUCGAUUAAUCACCGUUUGUGUUGCACUGGGUUUUUAUUUUAUUUCAAAGAAGCAUUUAACGGAUUUUCACAUGAAUAAAAACCCAAACUAGAGUUUUGGUCUGAGAUUCGAGUGGGGGGGGUUCUGAUUGUUUUUGUGCUGCUGUAUUCUCUUCUUUUGUAUUUUGAUUUUGAACCAUUAAGGAGAAGGACUGAACAGCUUGUUGCACAUGAUGGUCUUCUUUUAAUCGAUCAUUUGGCGUUUUGAAGACUCUCACCCUCGUCCUCUUCUGUUCCGGGUCUUAUCGGAUCCGGUACCGGGACUCCGUGAAACCUCGCAGGGAUGUUUUUACAAACUUUUCACACAAGUGGAUAUUAACGGCUCGUUUCCCGGCUCGACCCGGACCACAGUGGGGUUAUCUCAGGGGGGGUUGACUCGGGUCUGUAAUUAACCCGGACUACAGGAGGAGGAUGCUGACCCGGGUCCACCUGGUUCUGCUGAACUGGUUCUUUAUGUGGAGUCAGGGUCAGCGCGUGGACUACGACAGCUGGGCCGACCGGGCCGUGUCGUCCAACGGCCUCUGUCGCUACGGCAACAGCGUGGAGUGUUGUUGGGGCUGGAGACAGACGGACUGGGGACGCUGUCAACCUCACUGUCAGCAGGGUUGUAAACACGGUGAGUGUGUGGGACCAGACAGAUGCAGAUGUCAUCCAGGAUACACCGGCAAGGCCUGUAACCAAGAUCUGAACGAGUGUGGCGUGACGCCUCGGCCCUGCAAGCAUCGCUGCAUGAACACACGCGGCAGCUACAAGUGUUACUGUCUGGAUGGACACACACUGCAGCCGGACGGCAGCUGCAGG